AUGGAAGAGCAUCCACAAGAAAAGAGGAAGGAGGUGAAGCCUUACACUCCUCCUCUUCCAUAUCCUCAAAGGCUGCAGAAAGAACUCAUGGAUCUACAAUUUCCUAAGUUUUUAGUGGUCUUUAAAAAGCUGGAAAUUAAUCUCCCCCUUGCUAAAGCAUUGGAGCAAAUGCCUUUGUAUGCCAAAUUCCUCAAGGAGCUCAUCAACAAGAAGAGAACCUGGAAUAAAAAAGAGAUAGUGAUCUUAACCCAAGAGUGUAGUGUAGUGAUUCAAAAAGGCCUGCCACCAAAACUUAUGGAUCCUGGAAGUUUCUUCCUAUCAUGUACCAUCGGCCACAUGUCAAUUAGUAAGGCUUUAUAUGAUUUAGGCUCGAGCAUCAACUUAAUGCCACUUUCCAUGAUGAGAAGGCUAUCCAUUGAAGAGGUGAAACCCACAAGAAUGUCCUUGCAAUUAGCUGAUAGGUCACUUAUCAGACCCAGUGGAGUGGUGGAAAAUCUCCUAGUAAAGGUGGAAAAGUUCAUAUUUCUAGCAGACUUUGUGAUCUUAGAUUUAUAUGAAGAAGGAAAUGAUUCCAUCAUAUUGGGAAGACCUUUUCUAGCUACAGCAAGGGCCAUUAUAGAUGUAGAAAAAGGAGAAAUGGUCUUGAGGGCACAUGAUGAGCAUAUAAUCUUGAAUGUCUUUAAGGAGAUGCAGUACCCUGCUCAAAAGGAAGGUGGCAUGAUAAUUGAGGAGGAGGAUUUAAAUUGGAAGGAAAAGCCCCAGGAAACAUUCACUAACUCACCCCUGGUGCAAAAGAGAGACAUUGAAGAAAAAUAA